GUUUCGUAUACGUCCAAAUUCGAUCUCCAUGUGGACCUUUUCAUCCAUCAAUGUCAUCGAGACGUGUUCAACGGACGUGGAGCCGUGGACUCGUGGACUGAGCACAGCGGACAUCCCAGACUAUAUCAAUCCGCGAAGCAACGUCAUCUCUCCUUUUAGAAUGAUGUGAAACGUCGUUUCAUGUCAGCGGGCUCGAACGGUCCGUUGUCCUUGCGGCUCUCGCCUAUUCUCACUAAGCAUCCACCAAUUCCCGGUCAUGCUAUCCUCAGACGCUCUUCUCGCGCUACCCAAGAUUGACAAGGAUCAGUACCUCCAAACAUUUGUCCGUGUUCAGCGUUAUCACGCCAAGUUCUAUGCUCGCGAGGGUGGCCUGGCCUCAGACUCUCCCACACGACAAGACCGAUCUCAUGAUCAAGCAGCCCAUGAUCAUCUUACCACCCCAAUUCUGGUCUCUCACAAGGCUCGCCGCAGCAACUCAAAGAAGUCUCAACAAGAAAUUGAGUCGAAAGGGGACACUGGGGUUCCCAUAGACAAACAGCGGGAGAAGCAUCGGGAACGGAUAUCUCAACGAAAACCGACCGAAUCCCCCAAAAACAGAAAACGCCCACUAGAUCCAGAUCCGGAUUCCGACCAGGACGAGGCUGAGCGUCUUGCUGCACGGCGCGAACGCAAACGAGCUAAGAAGGCUGCUACGCAGCCUAAAGUGAAUAGCCCUAUUCGACACAACUCUAAGGCAAAUAAAGGCAAGGCCAAGAAACCCAAGGUGCCGUCAGGGUUCGCGUUAAUGCACGGGUUUUUGGCCACGAAUGUUGGCAAGAAUCGUCUCACCGUUCGCCACACAUCCAUUUUGAAAGGCAAAGCUUCGGCAAAGGCGACCGCCGUCCCCGGCCACAAACCCAAAGACCGCACUCGAAAGCAUUUCUCCGAAAACAACUUUUUAAACAAGACGAAGCCUGCCGAAGAAACCGCAUCUGAAAGCGAUGGUGACGAUGGAACUCAAUCUUCUGCCACCUCGGUAUCGCAAACUCAGCUCAAGACGACCGCUCCCAACAAGCAUAGCAAGACCUUCCAAGAAGAUGGCAGCAAGUCGGAGGAAUGCGUAUCAACAGUCUGGGAUAUCGAAUCCCAUGCAUCGGACAAGCGGAGGAUGUUGACAGCCAAGGAUAAGAAGGAAGAACUGAUCCCUGUGGUCGAUGAGGCUAGCUGCCUGCCCGGGUCUGUUAUCAUCAAUGCACGUCUUCCAAGCUGGAAUCACAAGCUCAACACCAGAAAUGAAUUCCAGACCUUGAAUGAUAACUCUGCCGCAAAAACUUUUCCUGCGCUUCCAUCAAGUCCAUCUUUGCGUCCGUCAGAAUCUGCUUCUCAGCUAGGCAAUGCCACCCUCAAGAUACCCACGGCACCCAACAAAACGUCUUCCCAGUAUUUCCCCGAGGUCGCUGUUGCCAUAACUCCACCGCUACCGCACACGGCUGUUUCUCCCGAAUCUCCCUCGCUGUUCCAACAUGCCGCUUUGCCUGCUUUGAAUGAUAUCACUUCGCAAGGCAACUCUCAAUCGUCUCUUCCCCGCGAGUCAUGCAAGAAGGCUCGCGCUGCCACCGCUGUUCUGCCAGUGCGGCCGAAUGACUUCGUGAAGCGCUUCACGUAUCACCUAUCUCAGAGUCAGAAUCACAAACUCUUUGAAGACCCAUCAGGAGAAUCGCAGCAGCCCCUGCCUCUUUCGGAUGACCUCUAUUCGUCUGAGAUUCUCUAUCCCGCACCGCAGGACCAUCCUGCUUACAACUAUGAACCAGAAGAACUAUAUCUCCAAGCUGAUGCGCACCCAGAAUAUCUGCAUGAUGCCGGCGCGGAGAUCCAAUUCCCUGGAGAAAUCUGUAUGCAAGAGGACACCGAAUUUGAUGAAAUCCAAGUUUGUGGGGACUACGAUACCGACCAGGCUUAUCCUGAUCAGGCAGCCCCCGAUCAACAAGCGUGGAUUGACUUCUAUCAGAGCGGUGAAACUCAGGACUGGGACGGUCUGCACCCUGAGAACGUCGUCGCUGACAUGCAAGUCGAUGAGAGUGGCGAGAUCGAUGAGCUUGAAGACUCGGUAAUCGAUUGCUCCCCUGUCUUUUCGCAAGGCCGUGCUCUCUUACUCGGAUUUUCGGAACAAGAUGUCCCUGUCAGCACUCAUCAGGCGCCGUCUCUGUCGAUCCAUCUAUCUCACGCGGAAGUUGACGUCGUCAAGGCGUUGCGGAAUCACUGGUUUCCUCAGAAAUUUUAGGGACACAUCCCGUGCCCAGUAAUUAUUGUAUUUCCUCAACGAGUGUAUCCUGUCGUAGUGAUAAUCAGUUUGCCUUCCAGUCUACUUCGGUCUUUGCCG